AACAUCUACCUUGCUCCAUGAAGGCCGCAUUAGAAACCAACUGAAGCAAUGAGGUUUCAACUGAAGUAUUACUUGCAUUACUUGGUUCUAUUGGGCUUCAGCUGUGUAAUUUCUACCUAUGGCCCAUAUCAGAGGGCCCAGAAGACAGGGGACAUACUGCUGGGGGGGCUUUUCCCGAUACACUUUGGGGUGGCCUCCAAAGACCAGGAUCUUGCAGCAAGGCCAGAGUCAACUGAGUGUGUCAGGUAUAACUUUCGUGGAUUCCGUUGGCUACAAUCUAUGAUCUUCGCUAUAGAGGAGAUCAACAACAGCUCUACUCUUCUUCCAAACCUCACGCUUGGCUAUCGUAUAUUUGACACAUGCAACACUGUCUCGAAGGCCCUGGAGGCGUCGCUAAGCUUUGUUGCACAGAAUAAGAUUGAUUCGCUCAACUUGGAUGAGUUCUGUAACUGCACAGGGAACAUCCCAUCAACCAUUGCAGUGGUUGGGGCGUCUGGAUCUGCAGUGUCUACAGCAGUGGCUGACCUAGUGGGCCUCUUCUACAUUCCUCAGAUCAGCUAUGCUUCAUCCAGUCGCCUUUUGAGCAACAAGAAUCAGUACAAAUCCUUCAUGAGAACUAUCCCCACAGAUGAGUAUCAGGCUAUUGCUAUGGCUGCCAUCAUUGACCACUUCCAGUGGAACUGGGUGAUUGCUAUCGCCUCUGAUGAUGAGUAUGGCCGUCCGGGGAUCGAAAAGUUUGAGAAUGAAAUGUUUCAUAGGGACAUCUGCAUCGAUCUUAAUGUUUUAAUUUCACAAUACAUUGAUGAAGCUGAGAUUCGCCGCCUGGCAGAUCGCAUCGAAAACUCAACCGCCAAGGUCAUUGCUGUGUUUGCUAGCGGACCAGAUGUUGAGCCACUUAUUAAAGAGAUGGUGAGGCGAAACGUCACAGACCGGGUCUGGUUGGCGAGUGAGGCAUGGGCCAGCUCUAGCCUGGUUGCCAAGCCAGAGUACAUCGAUGUCAUGGGAGGAACGAUUGGCUUUGCACUGAGGGCUGGGCACAUACCCGGCUUUAAAGAGUUCUUACAGCAAGUCCAUCCAAAGAAGUCCAGCCACAAUGAAUUUGUGAGGGAAUUUUGGGAGGAGACUUUUAACUGUUACCUAGAAGAUAGUCCAAGAAAUGAGGACAGUGAAAAUGGCAGUACAAGUUUCAGACCUCUGUGCACUGGUGAAGAGGACAUUGCAAGUGUAGAGACACCGUACCUGGACUACACGCACCUAAGGAUUUCUUACAAUGUGUACGUGGCUGUUUAUGCCAUAGCACAGGCACUUCAGGACAUACUUACCUGCACACCUGGAAAAGGGUUGUUUGCUAAUGGCUCUUGUGCAGACAUUAGGAAAGUUGAAGCAUGGCAGGUUCUGAAACAGCUGAGACACCUCAACUUCAUAAACAGCAUGGGGGAGAGGGUGCGUUUUGACAACGGCAGUGAGCUCUCAGCAAAUUAUACCAUCAUAAACUGGCAUCGAUCACCUGAGGAUGGGUCUGUUGUAUUUAAGGAAGUUGGUUAUUACAGCAUACAUAACAAGAACGGGGCCAAACUUUCCAUUGACAAGACAAAAAUACUGUGGAACGGCCGUCUUACUGAGGUACCAUUUUCCAACUGUAGCGACGAGUGUGAACCUGGAACCAGAAAAGGAAUUAUUGAUGGCAAACCCACAUGCUGCUUCGAGUGUACAGAGUGCUCAGAUGGCGAGUACAGUGAUCAUAAAGAUGCCAGUGUUUGCUCUAAAUGCCCAAACAACUCCUGGUCUAACGGCAAUCACACUUCCUGCUUUCUGAAGGAGAUUGAGUUUCUGUCCUGGACCGAACCUUUUGGGAUCGCUUUAACCUUAUUUGCGGUGCUUGGGGUUCUGUUAACAGCUUUUGUGUUGGGUGUUUUUGUGCAAUUCCGUGAUACUCCAGUUGUGAAAGCAUCCAACCGAGAGCUCUCAUUUCUUUUGCUUUUUUCGCUUAUCUGUUGUUUCUCUAGCUCUCUUAUAUUCAUAGGCGAACCACAGGACUGGACAUGCCGUGUACGGCAACCAGCCUUUGGAAUCAGCUUUGUGUUAUGCAUCUCUUGCAUUCUUGUUAAAACCAAUCGUGUCCUACUAGUGUUUGAAGCCAAAAUCCCCACCAGUCUUCACCGUAAAUGGUGGGGACUGAACCUGCAGUUCUUACUAGUGUUCCUGUUCACAUUUGUCCAAGUGAUGAUCUGCGUGGUUUGGUUGUACAAUGCUCCACCAGGGAGUUACAAAAACUAUGACAUUGAUGAAAUCAUCUUCAUCACCUGUAAUGAGGGCUCCAUGAUGGCGUUGGGAUUCCUCAUUGGCUAUACAUGCCUGCUGGCUGCCAUCUGUUUCUUCUUUGCAUUCAAGUCUCGAAAACUUCCCGAAAACUUCACGGAGGCCAAGUUCAUCACAUUUAGUAUGCUCAUUUUUUUCAUCGUUUGGAUCUCCUUCAUCCCUGCGUACUUCAGCACGUACGGCAAGUUUGUCUCAGCGGUUGAGGUCAUUGCCAUUCUGGCUUCCAGCUUCAGUUUGCUAGCCUGUAUCUUUUUCAACAAGGUGUACAUCAUUCUCUUAAAACCAUCCAGGAACACAACUGAGGAGGUUCGCUGUAGCACAGCAGCUCAUUCUUUCAAAGCAGCAGCGAAGGCGACUCUACGACACAGCUCUGCCUCCAGAAAGCGAUCAGGCAGUGUGGGGGGCUCCUCUGCCUCCUCGCCCUCUUCAUCGAUCAGCAUGAAGACCAAUGGGAAUGAAACAGAGUCCCCCUCUACACGCAGACACAGUCAGAAACCAAGGGUGAGCUUUGGAAGUGGAACAGUCAGUCUCUCCUUAAGCUUUGAGGAAGCUAGAAAGAACUCGGUGAAGUGAUUAAUAAGAACUU